AUGAGAUUAUCUACAAUCUGGACUACAUCUCGAGCGAGUACCUCGCUACCUUCUAUGUCGGUCAUUGGAUCUGCUCAUCCAGAUGUUGUCAGAAUCAAAGUUUAUAAACCUAAUAGUGAUACGAAUGACGAAAAACAAGAAACAGGCUCAUCGAAAAAAUUCUGCAUUGAUCCACGUCUAACAACUUACCAAACACUUCAAUGCCUAAUUGCUCAAGCGUUCGAUAUUAAAACCGAUUUCGUUAUCAGUGCUAUUCAACGAUGUUCAACAACUGGACGAGAACAGAUCUCAGCGAUUUGGUCCGAUUGGGAUUUAGAUGCAUCCAUUCAAGCUGUUCAGCCAGGUGCAUACCUUAGAUUACGCUACGAUGUCACACCUCGAGAAGAAGGGCUCGACGAUUGGGAUUUCGUCGGAUUGAACGAUUUCAAUGCAAACAUUCGUUGGUUCAAUGUCGAUAGUCGCUCCAUCAUUGCAACUGUCAAUCAAACAGCCGGCAAAGCAGCAUCCGCAUUAAACAAAGCAAUCAAUUGGAUGUAUGGAGGAAAUGAACGACGCUGUUCGAAGCCGGUUGGCGAUGGGGAUAUGAGAAAGUUUCUUGAUUCGGAAGGACGUCUCAUUUAUGUCAAUGAACUACGUCAAGCAAUUUUCGAAGGUGGUGUCGAACCAGCGUACCGAAAGGUUGUUUGGCGUCAUUUACUGAAUAUCUUUCCGUUGAAUAUCACCGGUCUCGAACGUAUUGACUACUUGAAGUGCAUUGAUAUUAAAUACAAAACACUGAAGAAACGGUGGACGGAUGAACAACAUCAAAAUGAAAACACGCGAUUGAUCAUGCGUAGCAUCGAGAAAGACGUGUCAAGAACAGAUCGAGCAUUCGGGUUCUAUGCCGACUCAGGCGAUGGUCAUGUCAAUGUGCAAUCAUUAUUUAAUAUUCUAAUGACUUAUUGUGUUAGUCAUCCAAAUACAACCUAUUGCCAAGCUAUGAACGAUUACGCUUCGACGAUAUUGUACGUUAUGCGCGAAGAGGCAUUAGCGUAUGUUUGUUUUUGUUCAAUAAUGAAACGCAUUCGUGCAAACUUCGCGACGGAUGGUGUAGCGAUUGCAACGAAGUUUCAUCAUCUGAAAGUUUUGUUACAAUCAAUCGACCCUGUUUAUUGGAGUUUUCUCGAAUCACACGAUGCAGUGAAUCUUUAUUUUACAUAUCGAUGGUUACUACUUGAAUGUAAACGUGAAUUUCCUUUCAAUGAUGCUCUCCGUGUACUCGAAGUUAUGUGGGCAACAUUACCUAUUGAAAAUGAACCCCCGCAGCUUAGUGAAAUAUCUCUGAUCACAUCACCAUCGGAUACUAUGAUUGCUGAAAGCGUAUGUCCUAUUCCUUGCGAAGUAUCGCAACGUCGAUCAAUCAGUUGUCCACAAUUGCAUAUAGUCGAUGAAUCAUUUGCUCGCAAAGUUAAGCAUCGUUCUUCUUCAUUAGCUUUCUGUACCAAAGAACAAUUACUAGCCGUUCUCGAAACUUGUCAACACCAGCAAAAUUCCGAUUCACAUUCCACAUCCGAUGCUUAUGAAUACCGACGUUCUUCAUUGCACCGCUCCAGUACAAAAUCGAUGUCCAGCAGGUCACGAGAAAAGAGUCUCGAAAACUCUUUUGCACUUAGUGAAAUAGCGGAGUUCGACGGCGAACAACUAUCAUCAUGCAAUAACACUUCAGUAAAUGCGUCAUCACAGAAUGCACCUAUUUCACAUUGGCUACAACGUUUGCCCGAAGGUGAUACGACAUGGCAAGAAGAAGAUAAUCUAUUUCUGAUAUUUGUUUGUGUAUCCAUACUGUUAACACAUCGAAGUUUUCUGUUGAAGCAGACGACGCUGGAUGAACAAGAAAUUUCGAUGCACUUCGAUCGCUAUCGCCGUCGAAAUAACGGGGAACGAAUCCUGUCGUGUGCUCGAACACUCUACGCACAAUAUAUUCAAUGGACAAGGAAGAAACGUGUUGUUGAUGAUCUCAAUCAAAUAUCACCAACCUGA